GAAGCACUAAAGCCCUCUCGACACAGAAACACACACAGAAAAACACACACUCAUCUCUCUCUCUCUCUCUCUCUAGAAGCCAUGACUAGCCCCUCGGCUUCUUCUCGCAAGGUGCUAAGCAAGAUCGCAACAAAUCGUCUCCAGAAAGAGUUAAUGGAAUGGCAGGUGAAUCCACCUGCUGGAUUCAAACACAAAGUCACCGAUAAUCUUCAAAGAUGGGUGAUUGAAGUCAACGGUGCACCGGGGACCUUGUAUGCUAAUGAAACUUUUCAGUUGCAAGUUGAUUUUCCUGAGCAUUACCCUAUGGAAGCCCCACAGGUUAUCUUUGUUCCUCCCGCUCCACUUCAUCCACACAUUUAUAGCAAUGGUCAUAUUUGUUUAGAUAUAUUGUAUGAUUCAUGGUCCCCUGCCAUGACGGUGAGCUCUGUAUGCAUCAGCAUUCUCUCCAUGCUAUCAAGCUCUACUUCUAAGCAACGACCAGCAGACGAUGAACGCUAUGUGAAGAACUGUAGGAACGGGAGAUCUCCAAAGGAGACGAGAUGGUGGUUUCACGACGAUAAAGUAUAACAUUAAAAAAAACGAUACAUAAAUGAAAUCCAGUGUUUGAUGUGAUUUCCUUUCAUAUCCUACUCUUCCACCUCUGAAGAAAAGAAAAAGGAAUCAUGAGAUUAAGGUUUACAUUAUUAUAAACUUGUUAUUUUGACUCCAGGAAAACUGGUAUGUCUGUGAGUCAAAAAUGAAUGAAUGAUCGUCCUAUGUCGUAUGUCUUAUGUCUUAUGAUGUGAUGGUGUUCUUGUAAAGUGGUCCCCACAAAUGACAAAGUUUGACAUUGUUAUUAUUAAUCUACAUAAUCAUAUCAUCUAAUUCAAUCCC